AUGAAGCAGAAAAGAAUUAAAGAUGAAACAUCUGAAGGGCAAGACGAGAAACGAUUCUGUGAGGCUGGUCCCAGCGAUCAAAUGGCACGCGUUCCGACAGAUGGAUCAGUACAACUCACUCCAAUUGAGAUUCUUGAAUGUGAACUUCAACAACAACAUCUGAAUGUUCAACAAAUAGGACGGAUCAUUGCAGAUGGAAUGCUCGAAAAGACAUUAAAUGAUGCGAUGCUCAAAGAGCUUACGAGAAAAUACGCAAAAAAUGUGCAUUCGAUGGCAAAUAUCAAUAUUUGGAGUUUAUCCGACGAUUUGAGUAAAGGAGCUAUUGAUAGCCGCCUUGUUGUUAUUGGAAAUGCAUUUCUGUGGAACCUUCUCAAAGCAUCAAUGUCAACAGUACGGGAUAAAUUCGAGCAUUAUCACUUCAAGAUGACAACAUUGGCAGCUACAACCGCAUCACUUUCAUCGAAUACUCCAAUUGAAUUCUUGACGACACGUGUUAGCAGUGGAGAACAUGUUGUGGAAGAUGAUAGUAUUUUCAAGGGAAUGGAUUUAUUAGACGUCUAUAAUUCGGUUGUUUUCCGAAAGACUGGAGACUUGCAAAGCAGAGCAAAACAGUUCAUUAAAUGCUACUUAGCUAUUGCAACGCAACCGAAAUGUGCUAUUUGGCAUUAUAGUCUCCGCCAAAGCGGUGCAUCUCACAAGAAAUGGCUUCAAAACAUUCCUGAACAUAUUUUGGCUUCAUUGCUACAUUUCCUUCUUUCGCUGGCUGGAUUGGGAAGUGUAGAAUUAGAACAAGAUGAAGAAGAAGGAAGAGAGGAAAGAGGAAGAUUCUUCAUGUCACUCGGUGAUUCAACUGAUGUACGUGAAGCAACGUUCGCUAGUUUGAAAUUGUCAAGAGAACAAUUGGUGUCUAAAUUUCGACAGUGUAUUACUGAUGCCUUAAAUGAGACUCGUGAAAUGCCAUACAACACUGUCACUCGUGACCUCAUGGCGCCACCACGCGGAAAACCAAUCGACAACCAUCAUUGUGUGACAUGGCGACAAUAUGAAAGUCUUAUUCGGCGAUGUGAAUCGGAUCCGUCAAAAGAGAAUAUAGAAGCGAAGCAAGAUUUGGACUACAAAUUGAUGCUCACCUUUCAUCAUCGUGGCGAAGAGGAUGAAGUGGACAUUGACGUAGAAGAUGUAAAAUGA